AAGUCGGGGCGACACACGCGGGAGCGAUGGCUGCCGACAGGCUGCGGUUCCACGAGAUGGGCCUGGACAACCGCCUGAUGAAGGCGCUGGCGGACUUAGGAUGGGCGCAGCCCACGCUCAUCCAGGAGAAGGCGAUUCCUCUCGCCCUCGACGGGAAGGAUAUCUUGGCCAGGGCUCGGACCGGCUCCGGGAAAACGGCUGCGUACGCGGUGCCGCUGAUCCAGCGCAUCCUCGCGUCCAAAGAGACGGUGUGCGAGCAGGCGGUGCGAGCGCUGGUCCUCGUGCCCACCAAGGAACUCGGUCACCAGGUGCACACCAUGUUCCGCCAGCUGACCGCUUACUGCGCCAGGGACGUGAGGGUGGCGGACAUCUCGGGGAAGGCCGACCUUUCCGCGCAGAGGCCCAUCCUGAUGGAGAAGCCGGACGUGGUGGUCGGGACGCCGUCUCGUGUGCUGGCCCACCUCGCCGCUCGCAAUGUGACGCUGAGCGCGUCGCUCGAGGCCCUGGUCAUCGACGAGGCCGACCUGCUCUUCUCCUUCGGCUUCGAGAGCGACCUAAAGGGCCUGUUGUGCCACCUCCCCAAGAUCUACCAGGCUUUUCUGAUGUCGGCCACCUUGAACGAGGACGUGGAAGCCCUGAAGGAGCUCGUGUUGCACAACCCGGUGACGCUGAAGUUGCAGGGCUCCCAGCUCCCCGACAGCUCUCAGCUGCAGCAGUACAGCAUCCAGUGUGAGGAGGAGGACAAGUUCCUGCUCGUCUACACGCUGCUGAAGCUGGGUCUCGUACGCAGCAAGACGCUCGUGUUCGUGGACGCCGUGGACCGUUGCUACCGCCUCAAGCUCUUCCUGGAGCAGUUCAGCAUCCCAGCCUGCGUGCUGAACUCGGAGCUGCCCGUGCAGUCCAGGUGUCACAUCAUUAUGCAGUUUAACCAGGGUUUCUACAACUACAUCAUCGCCACUGACGAGCACACGGUCGCCGACCCCACUGUGACUGUGCUGCAGGGCAAGAAGAGGGGGACCGCUUCCAGAGGGAGAGGGAAAGACGAGGAGUACGGCGUGUCCAGAGGCGUCGACUUCCACAACGUGUCCAACGUCAUUAACUUCGACUUCCCCAAAACGGUCGAGUCCUACAUCCACCGCGUGGGCAGAACCGCACGAGCGGGGAACCCCGGCACGGCGCUCACCUUCGUCUCGCACACGGAGCUCGAUCUGCUGGCGCAGAUCCAGGACGCGCUCGCAGGAGACAAUUCGGAGAGCGCCUUGAAGCCGUACGGGUUUAAGAUGGAGGAGAUUGAGGGAUUCAGGUACCGCUGUCGGGACGCGAUGAGGUCGGUUACGAAACAAGCCAUCAAGGAAGCCCGGCUCAAGGAGAUCAAGCAGGAGCUGCUCAAUUCUGAGAAGCUCAAGACCUACUUUGAAGACAACCCCCGUGACCUGCAGCUGCUGCGCCACGACAAGGACCUGCAUCCUGCCAUCAUCAAGCCGCACUUGAAAAACGUGCCAGAAUAUCUCAUCCCUUCUGCACUCAAGCAUGUGGUGAACCCGCUCCUUGGGCGAAAGAAGCGCAAGCAGGUGAAACCUUCACUGCAGGUUGUGUUGAAAGCAAAGUUCAAGGGGUCUCGCAGGGGCAGCAAUCCACUGAAGAGCUUCCGGCAUGUCGGAAAGAAAGGCAAAGACAGGCGCAGGGAUGCCGGGAAGUCCUAAGGGCUCCGGUCAGAAGAAGAUGCCCUCAGAGCUCAUCUCCGAGACCAGCGAUGAUUCCGACGUCCACCGUGCCCUUGGAUUGUGGGAAGGGGUUUCGCUUCGAGGAACGCUGCAGUCUGUUGCCUCGCCACCGGUUCAGCUGUGGAUCAUUUAUUGGAUGCUGAGCGAUUCCCUGCUCAAAAGACAGGUUUUCACACAAUGGUAUGAACAGUACUUUCGAAACACAGUCACAGCUGGAUUCUGUACCCAGAGGCUCUUGUUCAGCACAGCAUGUGGUUUUAAAAAUGUAGAGAAGCUUCCCCAAGAGAGCGCAGUAUUGCAGGAACAUCAGGUGAUUCUUUUCUGGCUCACAGCGAGAAGCAAGACCAUGGCAUUUGUUGCUUGUAAACAAGUAAUUUUUCUGUAGCUUCAGUUACCCCUCCUUUCUGCCUUUGUUAAAAAGGUCUUUACCAGAGCACUCUUGUGCUGCUCUGGCUAUUGAUAUGGUAAUAAAUGUAGCGUUACCAUCUGAA